AUGGAGGACCAGGUGGUAGAAAAUGAAGUUGGAUAUCAAGACGAUGAGGAAUCCUUUUUCCAAGACAUCGACCUUUUACAGAAGCAUGGGAUAAACAUGGCAGAUAUCAAGAAGCUGAAGUCUGUUGGCAUCUGCACAGUGAAGGGGAUUCAGAUGACCACCCGCCGUGCUCUUUGUAAUGUCAAGGGCUUGUCUGAGGCCAAGGUUGACAAAAUCAAAGAGGCUGCUGGGAAAUUGUUGAGCAAUGGUUUCUUGACAGCAUUUGAAUAUAGCGAGAGAAGAAAACAAGUGUUCCGCAUCACAACAGGCAGUCAGGAGUUUGACAAACUCCUUGGUGGAGGGAUGGAGAGUAUGGCUAUUACAGAGGCUUUUGGCGAGUUCAGGACAGGCAAGACCCAGCUCUCUCACACGUUAUGUGUGACGGCUCAGCUUCCGGGAGAAGACGGAUACACAGGAGGGAAGGUCAUCUUCAUCGACACGGAGAACACCUUUCGGCCAGACAGGCUGAAGGGUAUAGCAGACAGGUUCAAUGUGGACCAAGAGGCUGUGCUGGACAACGUGUUAUAUGCUCGCGCCUACACCAGCGAACAUCAGAUGGAGCUGUUGGACUUUGUGGCGGCCAAAUUCCAUGAGGAGGGAGGCAUAUUCAAACUGCUGAUCAUUGACUCCAUUAUGGCUCUAUUCCGGGUGGAUUUCUCUGGCCGGGGGGAGCUAGCGGAGAGGCAGCAGAAACUGGCUCAGAUGCUCUCUCGGCUGCAGAAGAUCUCUGAAGAGUACAACGUGGCCGUGUUCGUAACAAACCAGAUGACGGCCGACCCUGGAGCUGGGAUGACGUUUCAGGCGGAUCCCAAGAAACCUAUUGGAGGACACAUUCUAGCGCAUGCCUCAACCACACGAAUCAGCUUGAGGAAAGGGAGGGGAGAGAUGAGAAUUGCUAAAAUAUUUGACAGCCCGGACAUGCCAGAAAAUGAAGCCACUUUUGCGAUCACUGCAGGAGGGAUUGCUGAUGCCAAAGAGUGAAAAGGAUGGCCAGGAUAGUGGAUAGUAAUGUCUACAUUUACAUGUUGCAUUAUA